AGAUGACGUAAUAUGUAUCACUUUAAUCUCACGAGGAGAAAUAACCUCCACUGAAGAUUUGAUGAAUGCUAUUAUAUAAAAACACAAAUAAUUUGAGUAUAUUCACAAAUAACCGCGGAGAGAACCCAAAGUUACGCUGUGGCUGUAUUCUGGCAGUGGGUUCAUGAAGAUUGCAACUUUGAUUUAGCAAAGCGUUUGUGUGGAGAAUGCAUUGUUUCUUGAGUUGUUAUUAUAAGCCGUGCAUCUGUCUGUACACAUGAAGAAGGAGAACAGCAAUUUGCCUCGUUCGUACGCACGUUAUAAGGGAAAUCGAGUAUCAACAGUAGGAAACACCAGAAUAUUGUGGGUUGGUGGUGAUUAUGGACCAAGUUCUACUACUCAGUUUCAAAAUAACAGGAUUGUCACAUCGAAGUACACAGUUUGGAGCUUCUUGCCAAAAAAUUUCUUUGAACAGUUUAGAAGAGUAGCAAAUUUCUACUUCUUAUGCAUGACAGUUGUUGCAUUGACAAUUGAAAGUCCUGUGGAACCACUAACCAGUGUUCUGCCCCUUGUGUUUGUCAUUGCUGUAACAGCUUUAAAGCAAGGCUAUGAAGAUUGGUUACGGCACCGUUCAGACAAUGAAGUUAACUGCUCUCUGGUUACUGUCAUAAGAAAAGGGAUUGUACAGGACAUUGAGGCUAAAGAUGUGCAUGUUGGAGAUCUAGUAAGGAUACCAAGUGAUGCUGAUGUUCCAUGUGACCUGGUCCUACUUUCAUCCAGUGACAAAGAUGGACGUUGCUAUAUCACCACUGCUAACCUGGAUGGUGAAACUAACCUUAAGACUCUGGCGUGCCCAAGACUCUUACGUAACUUAUCACAGCCAGAGCAAAUGGCCCGACUGAAAGCCCAGAUUGAAUGUGAACAACCUACAUCAGACCUGUACAAUUUUUUUGGGAAAAUCGAAAUAUUUCUCAGUGAAACAAAUAUAUGGGAUGAAAGUUUAGUCUUAGAUCAAACCAGUAUUCAAGGUGUGAGAACUUCCCAGCAUGCUUAUAGCUUUGAUGGCAUAGCAUUGCAGAAUAUCAGUACUAGAAAAGGGGACAUCACUUUGCAGCAGUACUGUAUUGACAAUGAUGUCACUUUGAGAAGAGCCUGUGUUCUGGAUGGUAAUAUGCCUACAAAUCACAACAGGGACUCAGCUUCAUGUAGAAGUAGUAUAUACAGAAGUGCAUUCUCACAGUGCAUGAAUACUGUUCCUUUAGAAUCUUGUGCAGUGGACCAUCCUAGUACCGGGGAAAGACCUGCAUCUCAGAGAACUACACAAGAAGGCUGUGAUGAAAGUCAGAGUGUUGAAUGUAGAGUUGAUGGUUUUGGAGCUGAUGCAGUCUUAAAAAAGACUAAUGUUAACAGAUACAGACCUGGUUUUGAAGAUGAAUUUUUAAAUAGUUCUUCUAUUUAUGAGGGUGUAAAUUUUGUUGAAAGAGAAGUUGACAAAAACAUAUCAUCUCAAGCAUAUGGUAGUAAUGUCAAUUCAGUUUUGCCAAGCACCUCUUUCAAAAGAAGUGUAAUGUCAAAGCAAGGGAGUGUUAAAGAAACAAGACUCAGUGCAGGACAGUUGGACUCCAUGGUCCAAGCCACGAACACUUCACCACUUGGAACAGAGAAUUUGCUUCUUAGAGGGGCCCGGCUCAAGAACACAGAAUUUAUUAUUGGCUGUGCAGUGUACACAGGACAAGAAACAAAACUUGCUCUCAACUCCAAGCUGACUAGCAACAAAUUUUCUACUGUUGAAAAGUCAAUUAAUGGCUUCCUGUUAUUCUUCCUUGCCCUUUUGCUGACUGAAGUUGCUGUAUCCCUUGCCUUAAAGUAUGCAGCAGAAAUUGGUGAUAAGUACAGUACAGAAUCAUACCUAGGACCAAGAAGUAGUAUUGAUGUUUCAACAGUAGUACAGGAUUUAUUUUCAUUUGUUAUUCUUUAUAACUACAUCAUUCCUAUCUCUUUGUAUGUUACUAUUGAAACACAGAAAUUUCUUGGUUCAUUAUUCUUCAUGUGGGAUAGAGAGCUAUAUUGUGAAAAGACAAAUCAACCUGCAGUUUGUAACAGUUCAGACUUGAAUGAAGAACUGGGACAGGUAGAAUACCUGUUCACUGAUAAGACAGGUACUCUCACAGAAAACUCCAUGUGGUUCAGACGAUGUUCAGUUGCCGGCAUCCCAUAUUUGGAGGAGAGAGGAAGGAUGCUUCAGCUUCAGGCAGAUGGUGAUAGAAGAAACAGCAUAUUCAUAGAUACAUUCACUCCUGAGAUGGAUCAAUUUCUGUUGGCUCUAGCUCUGUGUCACUCAGUGCAAAUUGGCACUGGAAAAGGACACACAAACAAUAACACUGAUGCUUAUCGUAUUGCAAGCUUGGAUUAUCAGGCUUCUAGUCCAGAUGAAAAGGCCUUAGUGGAAGCUAGUGCAAGGUGUGGGGUGGUGUUCUUAGGAGAAGAAGGAGAGUCCAUGUCUGUGAUGGUGAAGGGUAAAGUGUGUCAUUACAGGAGACUCAACACUCUUGAAUUUACUUCUGAUCGCAAGAGGAUGUCAGUAGUUGUACAGGACAGAGAUGGACAGAUAUGGCUAUAUUGUAAAGGAGCAGAAUCUUCUGUCAUUCCUUUGACAGAGGCAGGGCCCAUUAAUGAUACAUUGAAGCAUGUUGCAGAUUUUGCCUUGAGAGGCUUGAGGACACUUGUAAUAUGCUACAAGAAGUUGAGUGUGAAGGAAUACAGCCAACUGGCAGCUCAAGUAGAACAGUCAAGGCAGACUUUGUCAUCACAGAGGACAUCAAUAAUUGCAGCAAGCUAUAACAAGAUGGAGGCCAAUCUUACAUUGCUUGGUGCCACUGGUGUAGAAGAUGAAUUACAAGAAGGGGUGCAGGAAACUUUAGAGAGUCUGAGAGCUGCUGGAAUCAAGGUGUGGAUCCUGACUGGAGAUAAGGUGGAGACUGCUGUCAAUAUCUCCCUCUCUUGUGGUCACUUGAAGCCUAAUGCCCAACAGCUAUACCUCACAGGACACAACACUAAAGAGACCUGUCUCCAGACACUCAAUUUGCACAGGAAACAGGUAUGUAGGGAACGUUUGCAGCACUAUGGAUUGGUGGUGGAUGGGCAGAGCCUUAAUUUCGCACUCAGUGCAUCACAAGAGCAUCUUGAAGCAUUCCAAGACAUAUGCAAAGCCUGCACUGCUGUCAUAUGUUGCCGCAUGUCCCCUCUACAAAAAUGUCAGGUUGUUCAGCUAGUCAAGAGUUUUCCAGAGAAGCCCAUAACAGCUGCCAUUGGAGAUGGUGCCAAUGAUGUAUCCAUGAUACAAGAAGCCCAUGUGGGUCUUGGCAUUAUGGGAAAAGAAGGACGGCAAGCUGUAAGGUGCUCUGAUUUUGCUUUUGCCCGGUUCAAAUUUCUGCGACGCAUUCUUUUGGUCCAUGGUCAUUGGUAUUACAUCCGGGUAGCAACUCUAGUCCAGUAUUUCUUUUAUAAAAAUAUAGUAUUCAUCACUCCACAGCUAUAUUAUGCAUUCAGCAAUGGGUUCUCUACACAGCCAUUAUAUGAUACCCUCUUCCUCACAUUCUACAAUGUACUGUUUACAUCACUGCCAAUUCUCAUCUAUGGACUGUUUGAGCAAAACUAUUCUGCUCAAACUCUAUUGGAUUAUCCACAACUGUACACUGAUAUCAGGCGCAAUGUUCUCAUGUCUUGGUCCUCUUUCUUCCAGUGGAUAUUGUUUGAGCAAGACCCUGGGACACAUCUCCUGUUCUUCCAGACCCAAUCUCGAGUUAGCCAGCUCACUAUCUAUCCAUACCAGAAGGCAUCUUACAGAGUUGUAGUCACCCUACUUUGUGGCUACUGGCACCCAAACAAGUCCUUCACCCUUCCCUAUCAAUCGGUUAAACAAAGGGAAAGGAGGUAAGGAUAAAGCCAGCAUAGAUGAGCUCUAUGACCACUGAAGUAGUCCAACACAUGUGACCAUAGCAGAGAAGGAGUAACGAAACGGCUGUAAGUGGCUUCCAACAUGGCUCCCUUCAUUCUUCCACAGAUGGUAGGGAAAAAGAUUUGUUAGAAUGUGAUGCAUUUGACAUCUUCCUGAACAUACAACAGAACUAACAUAAUCAGUUGGACAGCUCACAUAUAACUUUAGGGUCAAUUUUAAAUAAAGAUAAGUUUUUUCGUUACUUAUCUUCAGUAUCCACAGGACCCAUUAAUAACUUAAAAUAUGAAUCUGUAACUAGUAAUGAGAUUAAAGAUAUUAUUAAAUCUCUUAAAAAUAAAAAUUCCUGUGGUUAUGAUGAAAUACAUAUUGAAAUUGAGUAUGCCUUUUAUAAUGUCGCCUCUUAUUUAUAUAUGUAAUAGGUCCCUGUCUACAGCAUAUUUCCAUCAAGGUUGAAAUAUUGACAAGUGUAUCCAAUGUACAAAAAGGGUGAAAGGUCUGAAAUAUCUAAUUAUAGGCCAAUCUCUGUACUUACAUCAUUUUCCAAAAUUUUUGAAAAAGUUAUUUUUAAUAGACUUCACACACAUAUCUGAUAAUAAUAUCUUGGCUGCUGAGCAGUAUGGAUUCAGGAAAAAAUAGAUCUAAGGAAACAGCUACAUUUAAUUUAAUUAAUAAUAUAUUGCAGGCACUUAAUGAUAAAGAAUUGGUUGGUGGCAUCUUUUGUGACCUGUCCAAGGCAUUUGAUAGCGUAAUCAUGAAUUAUUGCUGACAAAGCUGGAUUUUUAUGGUGUAUGAGGAACAUUUUUUAAAUUGAUUGCCUCUUAUUUAAAUAAUAGUAGUAAAAGUAGUAAUAAAAGAUAAAUCAUCUAUUAAAUGUUUCUCAGACUGGAAAUAAGUUAGAUUGGGAGUUCCUCAAGGAUUGAUUCCUGGGCCACUGUUUUUUUUUGUUGUAUAUUAAUGACUUACCAGCUGUAAUAAGUUAUAUAUCUAAACCUGCUCUAUUUGCAGACGAUAUUAACUUAAUAAUAACCACUUCAGAUUAUAUGCAGCUUAGAAAAAAUCUCAAUACUGUUCUUGGGGAGAUAAUAGGUUGGUUUCAAGCUAAUUCAUUGACUUUGAACUUUAAUAAAACCUAUUAUAUGUAUUUUAAAACGAAAAGGUGUCUAAUUGAUAAUUCUCCAAUAAAGUAUGUGAACAAACAAAUAACACUCACUACACAGAUAUUUUAGUCAUGACUCCUGACUUGACAUUAUCUUGGCAAGAGCAUAUAAAUAAAGUGAUUACUAGAUUAAAUUCUGAUUGUAUUAUUAUUAUAUCUCUUAAAUUGUUUUUAGCUAUAGAAGACUUAAAAAUUGUAUAUUUUACUUAUGUUCAUUCUAUUAUAAUGUAUGGUGUUGCAUUUGGGGGAAAUGUGACUAAUAGUAAAAACGUUUUCAUAGUACAAAAAGAUUUAUAAGAAAUAUUAUGAAUGUGAAUCCUAAAUAUAUUGCCCUUAUAUUCAUAAUAUGUUUUCUUUAUUGUUAUUGGUAGUAAAAAAUAUACACCAAUUUGUAAUUAACAAUGAAUACAUACUAUAAAUACACGACAAAGUACUAAUUUACACAUACCAUCGGUAAAUUUGACCAAUUGCAAAAAGGGUGCCUAUUAUAUGGAUAUAGAAAUUUUUAAUCAUUUACCACGUGAUAUAAGGGAACUGUUAUAUGAUGUUAAAAAAUUCAAAUUAGUUAAUAAAAACUUUUUCUUAAAGGAAUCCUUUUAUACAGUAAAAGAAUACCUUGAAUGGUCAGCAUAAUGAUGGAUCACACAUAGUGUAAUUGUUUUUUUAUAUUACCUAUUCACAGCUGUGUUAUUCCUUUGUAUAUUAUUUUUGUUUAGUAUGUUUUAGUGUAUUAUAUGAAAUAUUGUUGUGAUUGAUAUAAAUAGUGUCCCUGAUUACAUAGUGUUUAUUUAUUGACAAGGUUGUAUGUUAUAACUGCUACUAUUGUACUCAUUUUUAAUAAUGGACUACUUCUAUAUCUGUGGUGACUUGUUAUCACCUGUAUGGAUUACUUGAAGUAUCAAUAAAUUAAAUUAAAUUAAACUAAAUUCCACAUUCCUCUGAAUUAGGGUAGCACAGGUUUAUAGGUUUGUUCAUUAACUGUUUGUGUGUAGUAAUUGUUGUAAUGCAGUACCAUGUAAAGGACUUCAGUUUUAUCAAGGCACUCACUUCAAGGAAUGUUACAAAAUUCCAAACUAAAUUUCUUUUUAAUUUUGUUUUAGGUGUUUCUUUGGGUUUGUAUAUGUUUCUGUUUCAUUUUAGCGUUUCUU